AUGUUUUUCUUCAUCUCUAAUGCCAAGCCCCUGGAGCAGCUGUCCCCCAUUCGGCCCCACCCCUCCAUAUUCAACCUCUACUUCUUUGGCAGCCUCAUAGGGCAGUUCGCAGCGCAGCUGGCGUUCCUGAUCUUCAUGUACCGGGCCGCGCUGGGCGCCAUGCCCGAGGAAGAGGCCCAGGACAGCGAGAGCGACUUCAAGCCUAACCUCGUCAACAGCGUGUGUUACCUCGUGGAACAGACCGUCCAGCUGUCGACGUUUGCGGUCAACUACGUGGGCCACCCCUUCAACGAGUCGCUGCGCGAGAACAGGGGCAUGCGCAUGUCACUCACCUACGCCGGCGGCUUCCUGCUGCUGCUGGUGCUGGAGGUGGUGCCGCAGCUCAACGAGAGCUUUGGCCUCGUGCCGAUUCCAUCUGAGCUGCGAGCCAACUUCAUAGCAGGCGCCGUGUGCACGGUCCUCUUCUGCAACGGCUGGGAGCGCAUGCUCCGCAACCUCGUGCCCGCACGCACGCCGCCGGCGCGCGUCUUCAUCACCCACAAAGCCGAGCUGCAGAGAGCGCGGGCGGCUGCGGGCGCGGCAAAGAAGCGGGAGUGA